AUGAACUCCUCGAGUGGGCAGACGGACGCAGCAAGGGCAUAUUUUGAAUUAGGCGGGAGGACCUUGCUAACAGAAGCGUGCACGCAGAUAGAGCAAGACGGUUGUACAAGUACUCCUCCACCCGGUUUGUCCCACCGGUCCCUGUUGUACCCAGAUUGGACCAGUGUUACCCCAGAGCGCACUUACCACAUUGUCACCCAACAACCUUCGCCCACCCAGUUAGCGGAAAAGUGCAGUCCCACCAUCCCAACCAGCCUGAUCUCGCAAGAGUCGAGCCCCUCCAGUCCCCAUUCCACUGGGUUGAACCCAAAACCACAUCCACCCCAGUUGCCUUCACCUCAACCAGAGCCCGACAUGGCCGGCAAGAAUCCAAAAGACAGUCCACCUGGCGCAACGCACAGGCCUGAGGUGGGCUCUCCCUCUAAUCCAAUCAACAUAGAUGAUGCCGACAUGAUCAACCAGUUGUACGCAGGAACAUAUGACUUGGGAGAUGAUGAUCCCCCUACUCCCCAAUCCAACACCUCGUCCAACACCAGACAAAAAUAA